AUGCUUUCUCACCUUUCACCAUCAUUCUCAUUUUCCUCUCAGACCCCCACAAAAAGCCUCGUUUCACUAUUAUUCCUUUAUCCCUUGCUUAUUCCUUGCAUAUUCCUUGCUUAUUCCUUUAUUUCUGCUUAUUCCUUUAUUCCUUGCAUAUUCCUUGCUUAUUCUUUUAAUUCCCCACGUAUUCCUUUAUUCCUACUUAUUCUUUUUUAUCAUUUGCUUAUUCCUUUAUUAUUGCUUAUUACUUUAUUCCUAACUUAUUCUUUUAUUAUUUUUUUAUUCCUUUAUUCCUUUCUUAUUCCUUUAUUCCUUGCUUAUUCCUGCAUUUUUACUUAUUCCUUACGUAAUCCUUUAUUCCUUGCUCAUUCCUUACUUAUUCUUUUAUUCCUUACUUAUUACUUUAUCAUUGCUUGUUCCUUACUUAUUCCUUUAUUAUUUGCUUAUUUCUUUAUGCCUUACUUAUUCCUGUAUUCCUUACUUAUACCUUUAUUUCUUGCUUAUUUCUUUAUUCCUUACUUAUUCCAUUAUUCCUUACUUAUUCUCUUAUGCCAGGAUCUUUAUUCCGUCAUGUACUUCAUUUUGUCUUGUGCAUAA